UAUUGGGGGGUGUUUUUGUACAUGUUUUAAACCAAAGGAAUUUAGAGGUUCUUUAUUUCCUACGUUCCACAGCGAAUCAGAAAAGCAGCUAUGACGUACUACAAGGAGAGAGGGAUCAGUUUUCCAGAUACCUUUGUGCCACGUUCCAACCUGGAACACAUGAAAACCUUUGAUAUCAGAGACGACGACAUAAUGAUUAUGAGCUACCCCAAAACAGGUACUUGGUGGAUCUAUCAAGUGGUUAAACAAAUUCUGGCGUCAGAGGGAAUACAAGAUGAGAAGUAUUUAUCCAACUUACCCAACCAUUUAGAGUUCACCGUUCCGGGAAUAGGCGCCCUGGUGGAAUUGUUCAAAACUGCACCGUCUCCUCGGGUGCUAACAACGCACGUACCAGUGGAGUUCCUCCCGUCUGGAUUGCUCGGUUCCAAGGCUAAGAUUAUCGUGAUGAUGAGGAACCCAAAGGACACUGCAGUCUCCACCUUCCACUUCUACCAGAAAGUUCCCGAAAUGAAGACCCCUGAAUCAUGGGAUAGCUUCGUUGAAGAGUUCCUUGCUGGCGACUGUCCAUGGGGGCCUUUCUAUGACCACGUCCUGGGGUUCUGGAAGCUGAAGGACCACCACAACAUCCUCUUCCUUAAGUAUGAAGACAUGAAAAAGGACUUGCCGGCAGAAGUGAGGAAGCUCUCCUCGUUCCUGGGCAGACCGUUGACUGAAGAGGCGGUACAGGCAGUCGCCAGUGCAACUCAGUUCGACUCCAUGAACAAGACUCUCGUAGGACAGAAAAUUGAUCUUCAGACAAGAAAGGGAGUCAUUGGAGAUUGGAAGAACCACUUCAGCGAUGAGCAGAGCCGAGCUUUUGAUGAUCAGUACCGCGACAGGCUGUCCAACACUGGGCUGGAGUUUGAAUUCGAGUAAUUGGAGAAAUCAUUCAUAUACGCAGUAGCUGUCAUAUGAUACUUUGUUUUCAAUAUCAAUUAAGAAAAAAAUUAGGAACGUCCAUAAAUGCUGACUGUCAAAUUGUAAUUUGUCAAUUGAACA